CAGAUUGAGGGAUAUAGUGGGAGCAUCCACCAACUGGAGGGAUCAUGUACAAGCAAUGCAAGAAAGAAAGGCUCUUCAUACUCUGUUGGCAAAAUGUCAGGAAGAUCUUCCUCCUAGGAGAAUGAAGGAUAGCUACUUAGAAGUUAUUCUACCUCUAGGAAGUCAACCUGAAAUAAGAGAGAAGUACCUGAAUGUACACAACAGUGUGAGAUUUGGAAGGAUACUUGAAGAUCUUGACAGCUUAGGAGUUCUUAUUUGCUACACUCACACCAAGCAGGAAAUGCAGCCAAAGUCUCCCUUAUCAAUCGUUACAGCUCUGGUGGAUAAAAUCAACUUGUGCAAGAAGAUUAUAUACCCAGAUCGUGACAUCAAAUUCACAGGCAGUGUCUCUUGGGUUGGGAAGACCUCAAUGGAGGUGAAGAUGCAUAUGCUUCAGCUCCUGGAUGGUGAUUACAGCCCUGUGUUAGAUGCAACCUUUGUCAUGGUGGCUCGGGAUCCAGAGAACAAACGGCCAGCAUUUGUUAAUCCACUCAUUCCUGAGGGCCCUGAGGAAGAAGAAAUCUUCAAGCAAGGGGAAUUGAACAAGCUGAGGAGGAUUGAUUUCAGCACUGCUUCCUUACUGAAAAUGGCUCCCACUGCAGAAGAAAGAAACAUUAUUCAUGACUUAUUCCUUAAUACACUGGACACAAGGACAGUAAGUUUCCGGAGUCGUAAACUACCACCCAAUUCAGUCUGGAUGGAAGAUGCAAAGCUAAAGGGCCUACAGAUUUGUCAUCCUCAGGAGCGGAACAUCUUCAACAGGAUCUUUGGGGGCUUCCUUAUGAGAAAGGCAUUUGAGCUGGGCUGGGCAACUGCUUGCAGCUACGGGAGUUCCAGACCUUUUAUUGUAUCUGUUGAUGAUAUCAUGUUUCAGAGGCCAGUUGAGGUUGGAUCCUUAUUACUGCUUUCUGGGCAGGUCUGUUACACAGAAAACAACUACAUCCAGGUACGAGUACACAGUGCAGUUCAUGAUGCACAUACCAGGGAGCAGCAGACAACCAACAUCUUCCAUUUUACAUUUAUAUCUGAAAGUGAGGUCCCACGGGUUGUCCCCAAAACAUAUGGAGAGUCCAUGUUGUAUUUAGAUGGGAAGCGACACUUCGCUGAACUCAUGAAAGAAAUCUGA